GUGAAAAAAGGAGAGAGGGAACUGAGAGCAGAGAGGAGGAGGAGGACGCAGGACUACAGCGCGGAGAGAAGGCAGAGUCUGGAUGAUAUUCGCAGCAGAUCCGGAGCGCCGAGCCGCCGGAAGAGCUGACGUGGUGGGGAUCGUGGAGUAGGAUUGCCCCCCUUUCCCCUCCCUUCCUCUGCGGUGAAAUCAAGCCGAGGUUUUCGCGCAGGACGCGCGCGGCUCGCUGCUCUUCCUCGUCAGAAAAGAGGAAGGUUUCCGGAGGAGCGGAGUGACGGAGUUGGGAUGUCCUGAGUUAUUCCUCCGGUCCCAGAAAGCGGUUUGCCGAUGGGACCUACUGCACCACCAUGAGCUUACAAGAUGGCGGCUGCAGCUACGGCAGCAGCGCCAAUCUGGCCGGCAUUACGGGCAGCAUGCGGCGACGCCUGGAAGACCAGGAGUUCACCCUGCGUGUCUAUCCAGGUUCACUGGCUGAGGGCACAAUUUACUGCCCCGUCGGCGCCCGCAAAAACACCACCGCUGCUGAGGCCAUCGAGUGUCUCAUCGAGAGGUUGCACCUGGAUCGCACCAAAUGCUACGUGUUGGCUGAGGUGAAGGAGUUUGGUGGAGAGGAAUGGAUCCUCAACCCUGGGGAUUGCCCUGUGCAGCGCAUGAUGCUGUGGCCCAGAACUGCUUUGGAAAAUCGCAGCGGCUUGUGUAGCGGCGAGGACUAUCGCUUCCUACUGCGGGAGAAAAAUCUUGACGGCUCUAUACAUUAUGGCGGUAGCUUGCAGAUGUGGCUGCGGGUGACGGAGGAACGGCGGCACAUGGUGGAACGGGGUUUCCUACCGCAGCCAGCUGGGAACGAUCCCCCCUCUGAUCUGUGUGCUCUCCCAGAGCUGACGGAGCGUGCCCUUCUGGACAGCCUGCGCGCCCGUUUCAGACAGGAGAAGAUCUACACCUAUGUUGGGAGUAUUCUUAUUGUGAUUAACCCUUUCCAGUUCUUACCCAUCUAUAAUCCCAAAUAUGUCAAACUAUAUGACAACCACACACUGGGAAAGCUAGAGCCGCACAUUUAUGCCGUGGCAGACGUGGCGUAUCAUGCCAUGCUGCAGCGGCGGAAGAACCAGUGCAUCGUGAUUUCUGGUGAGAGUGGAUCGGGGAAAACACAGAGCACCAACUUCCUCAUUCAUCACCUGACGGCUCUCAGCCAAAAGGGUUUUGCCAGUGGUGUGGAGCAGAUCAUCCUGGGAGCAGGACCAGUUUUAGAGGCUUUUGGUAACGCUAAGACGGCUCAUAACAACAACUCCAGCCGCUUUGGAAAGUUCAUCCAGGUCAACUAUCAGGAGAGUGGCACCGUCAGGGGCGCGUAUGUGGAGAAGUAUCUGUUGGAGAAAUCCCGGCUGGUGUACCAGGAGCACAAUGAGAGGAACUAUCACGUGUUUUACUACCUGCUGGCUGGAGCCAGUGAAGAGGAGAGGAAGGCAUUCCACCUGCUCAAACCAGAGGAGUACCACUACCUUAACCAGAUGACUAAGAGACCCCACAAACUCCACUGGGACAAUUGCUAUGAGACUGAGCUGCACGACUGUUUUACUGUGGAGGGGGAGGACCUGAAGCAUGACUUCGAGCGUCUACAGCUGGCCAUGGAGAUGGUGGGAUUCCUACCCGCCACACGCAAACAGAUUUUCUCCCUGCUGUCUGCCAUUCUGCACCUGGGGAACAUCCGCUACAAGAAGAAAACCUACAGGGAUGACUCCAUCGACAUCUGUAACCCAGAGGGGCUGCCCAUCGUCUCAGAGCUGUUGGAGGUAAAAGAGGAAAUGCUACUUGAAGCCUUGACAACCAGGAAGACUGCCAAUACGGUGAGAGACUCGAUGGCCAAGUCUCUGUACAGCGCACUGUUCGACUGGAUCGUUUUCAGGACGAACCACGCUCUGCUCAACAACAAGGACCUGGAGGACAAGUCCAAGCUCCUCUCCAUAGGAGUGCUGGACAUCUUUGGCUUUGAGGACUACGAGAACAACAGCUUUGAACAGUUCUGCAUCAACUUCGCUAAUGAGCGUCUCCAACACUACUUCAACCAACACAUCUUCAAGCUGGAGCAGGAGGAGUACCGGGCGGAGGGUAUCACGUGGCACAACAUCGAUUACAUCGACAACAGUGGCUGCCUCAACCUCAUCAGCAAGAAACCCACGGCUCUGUUCCACCUGCUGGACGAGGAGUGCAAUUUCCCACAGGCCUCCAAUCAGACCUUGCUGGACAAGUUCAAGCGUCAGCAUGAAGGAAACAGCUACAUUGACUUCCCCGCCGUCAUGGAGCCCGCCUUCAUCAUCCGGCACUAUGCUGGUAAAGUCAAGUACGGAGUCAAGGACUUCAGGGAGAAGAACACGGACCACAUGAGGCCCGAUAUCGUUGCCUUGCUGAAGAGCAGCAAGAAUGCCUUCAUCUGUGGCCUGAUGGGGAUUGACCCCGUGGCCACCUUCCGCUGGGCCGUGCUGCGGGCAUAUUUCAGAGCCAUGGUGGCGUUCAGGGAGGCCGGCCGCAGACACACCCACAAAAAGCCCGGGAAUGAUGCAGCAGGGCCAUGCCCUGUGGUCAAAGCUGUUGACAGCUUCAGUUUCAUACAUCACCCGGUUCACCAGAGGAGCCUUGAGAUCCUUCAGAGGUGUAAAGAUGAAAAAUACAGUAUUGCACGGAAGAAUCCGCGAACACCUUUGUCGGACCUCCAAGGCACCAACGCCUUGAAUGAGAAGGCCAGCUGGGAUGGCUACGGCGUUGGGUGUAAUGGUCGCAGCUUGCGGUCGGGUCGCGUCUCUUCACCAGGAAACUCUGUCCAUGAGGAUGAAGGGAUCUUCCUAAACCUGGGCAGCAGCAAACUCCUGGAGAGAGCUCAGGGUAUCCUACUGAGAAACAAAAACUGCAAAAGCAAACCAACACUUCCUAAGCACCUGUUGGAUGUGAAGUCUCUGCGCUAUCUGAGCAGCGUGACGCUCCACGACCGCAUCACCAAGUCACUGCUCCAUCUGCACAAGAAGAAGAAACCACCCAGCAUCAGUGCUCAGUUCCAGGCUUCCCUCAAUAAGCUGAUGGAGACUCUGGAUCAGUCGGAGCCGUACUUCGUUAAGUGCAUUCGCUCCAACGCUGAGAAGCUGCCGCUACGUUUCAACGACAGCCUGGUUCUUAGACAGCUUAGGUACACGGGAAUGCUGGAAACGGUCCGGAUCCGUCAGUCGGGAUACAGCAUCAAGUACACCUUCCAGGAGUUUGUGAGUCACUUUCAUGUGCUGCUUCCUCGGAAAACAAGCCCCACCAAGUCUGGGAUCAGAGAGUUCUUCAGACGGAUUCACCUGCCCCCUGCUGGCUACCAAGUGGGCCACACCAUGGUGUUCCUGCGGGAGGCGGAGCGCCAGCGUCUGCAGACCCUGCUUCACCAGGAAGUGCUACGGCGAAUUGUCAUGCUGCAGCGGCGCUUCAGAGCCGUCCUGGAGAGAAGACACUUUGUCAGCAUGAGACGAGCGGCGCAGGUCAUCCAGCGCUGGUGGCGCUCCUGCCUCCUCAGGCAGUCUGCGGUUGACUCCAGCGUUGAGGAGGCGGCAGCGGUUUGUCUGCAGGCAGCGUGGAGGGGAUACAAGGAGCGCAGGAGGUUCCUGCAGUGGCGGGCCUCUGCCAUCACCAUACAGCGGCGCUGGAGGAGCUGCUGCCACCAUCGGAGGGUGCGGGCGGCUGUGAUGAUUCAGACGGCGUGGAGACGGGUCAGGGAAAAGAACCGGUUCUGUAGAGCACGCCAAUCUGUAACGCAGCUCCAGGCCAUGAGCCGAGGAUAUCUGGCCCGAGUCAGGUUUAAACAUCUAAAGGAGGAGAGCCAAACACUCAACAGACCAGACACAGAGAUGGACGCUGGGACUGUGGACGACUUUGUCUCAUCUGGACUGGACAAUUCUGUCAGUGUGGACUCGUCCGAGGACCCCGAUCCAACCAAGACGGAACGAGCGGAGGACUUUGAGCGAUUUAGGAACGUAGAAGAGAUGAGCCAUAAGAACCGGUCAAAGCGAGAGAGCAGGCGUAUGAGAGAGCUGGAGCAGGCUCAGUUCUCUCUGGAGCUCCUUAAAGUCCGAACCACCUGCAUGGGGGGUUCUCUGUCAGAGGAUGUGGUCUCUGACAUCCCUCAGAGGGAGGACCACCAUGAUCAAGUUUUACCUCAGGGAUCGCCGGCUAGUCAAGGCAGCUUCGAGAUGCUCAGCCUGGAUGAGAUGGAGACGGAAGGUUCUGGUGGACCCGUCUCUAAACAGACUCACCAACAGACCCAAAUUCUCAGAGAUUCAAACCACAAUGAGAAACCUGUGAGGGAACCCACAAACGAGUCAGAGGAACCCAGGGCAAAGUUCUACAUCGCUUCUGACCAGAGUCCGGUUAAUAAACCCACUAAGGGAAGUCCCAGCAGAUCUCUCAAAGACCGGAAGGAGUCGGUUUCCAGGAGGCCUGUGGUGGUGCUGAUCAGUAUGCAGAAAGAGAGUCCCGUGGAGGAAGGCGAGCUGCUGGCAGCUCCUCAGCCGUUUGGCUCCUGUUCCUCUGCUACAGAACACUUAAAGGGACCAACACACAAAGAGCAACCUAAAGUCUUCCCACAGGAAAACAAUGAAGCAGUUGGGAUGGAAAAGCCCUCAAAGCGUAGAGAGGGUCCGGAGGAACCAGAACUUUGUCCCUCAAAGGUGGAUGUCCAACCAAAGUCCAGUGUUCCCUCUGCUCUCUUAGCAAAACAGGAAAGGAAGACCAUCCGCCAAGCGCAGGAGGCUCCGAGCCAGACACUAGACACCAAGCCUCCAAAAGCCCAGAAGAAGAGCUCCGCUCAGACUGUGAUUGUCAACAUGGUGGAGAAACCCUCCGGAGCUGCGGCUCCUCAGCCCAGACGCAAGCUGCCCUUCUCCAAGUCGGAUAAGGACCUGGUGAACCAGGAGAGAUCUCUCUCUCUUUCUAUGCACAGAGACGACUCUAAAUCUGCAGGAUCUAGAAACAGAGAGCAGGUGGGCCCACCCGGCCCCAAAAAGAAAGCUCGAAUGUCCCGGACGCGCUCCGACUUCCUCACCCGCUGUAACUCCGAGGGGGCCACCCAGUCGGACGACGACGAUGAUGUAUACUACGUCCCCGCCCACUCCUGCACGCUGCCCCCCUCCCUGUCUCCCCCACGAGCCCACCGUGACCACGACUGUCACAGUGACUCUGAGAUGUCUCACAAAGAGAAGAAGAUCCAUAAGACCAUGUCAUCAGGGGAUCUGGGCAAAGUGGACACCCUCAGGAAAUCCUCCAGUCAGGAUGGCAGCAGGAUGAGGGGUAAGAUGCGUUUCUGGAGCAAGACCAAACACGGCGAGAAAAAACUGUCAAGGGAGAAACAGACCAGCAGGAGUGAAGCUGGUGAGAUGCCAGGAAGCACGUCUCCUCCACGAAGCCCCGACUUGGAAGUGGUUCCUUCUCGAGAAAUGCGAGACACCAAGGAGAACAAGGAGCCGUCUCCAAAGAUGAAACGACGGCGAAGCUUAAAGAUCAGCAGCAUCACUUUGGAACCCGCCCAGUGGCAGAACGACUCGCUGCACAUCCUCACCUCUGCCCACGACUACCGCAGCAUGAAUGAAUUUCUCAUGAAGAAGAUCGCUGACUUGGACUCAGAAGACGGUACAAAGGACACCAUGGUAGAUGUUGUCUUCAAGAAAGCUCUGAAGGAGUUCAGGAUCAACAUCUUUAACUCGUACUCCACAGCCCUCGCUAUGGAUGAUGGGCGGAGCAUCCGCUACAAGGAUCUAUAUGCACUGUUCGAGCACAUCCUGGAGAAGACCAUGCGUCUGGAGCAGAGGGACUGGAGCGAGUCGCCUGUGAAGGUGUGGGUCAACACCUUCAAGGUCUUCCUGGAUGAAUUUAUGACCGAGUACAAACCGACGGAGGGGACCAUUGGCAGGACUCUAAAACGUGAGCGCAAGAAGUCGAGGAAGAAGGAAACUGACAUUGUGGAGGAACAUAAUGGCCACAUCUUUAAGUCCACUCAGUACAGCAUCCCCACCUACUGCGAGUACUGCUCCUCCCUCAUCUGGAUGAUGGACCGGGCCUGCGUUUGCAAAUUGUGCCGCUACGCCUGCCACAGGAAGUGCUGCUCCAGGAUGACCACCAAGUGCAGUAAGAAGUACGACCCCGAGCUGUCGUCCCGUCAGUUUGGGCUGGAGUUGUCCCGUCUGACUAGCGAGGAGCGCGCCGUUCCCCAGCUGGUGGAGAAACUCAUCAACUACAUUGAGAUGCACGGCCUCUACACGGAGGGAAUCUACAGGAAGUCGGGCUCUACCAAUAAGAUCAAAGAGCUGCGACAGGGCCUGGACACGGAUGUGAGCAGCGUGGUUCUGGACGACUACAACAUCCAUGUCAUCGCCAGCGUACUCAAACAGUGGCUGAGGGACCUGCCCAGCCCGCUCAUGACCUUUGAACUCUACGAGGAGUUCCUCAGAGCAAUGGGCCAACCGGACAAGCGGGAGAUGAUCCGAGGCGUUUACUCUGUGAUCGACCAGCUCAGCAGGACGCACCUUAGCACGUUGGAGCGUCUGAUCUUCCACCUGGUCAGGAUUGCCCUACAGGAGGAAACCAACAGGAUGUCCGCCAACGCACUCGCAAUCGUCUUCGCUCCCUGCAUCCUCCGUUGUCCCGACACCAUCGACCCGCUGCAGAGCGUCCAAGACAUCAGCAAAACCACCGCGUGCGUGGAGCUGAUCAUCAACGAACAGAUGAGCAAGUACAAAGCUCGUCUGAAGGACAUCAACACUCUGGAGUUUGCAGAGAGCAAAGCAAAGAGCAGACUGACCCACAUCAGGAGGUCCCUGAAACCCGUACUAAUUGCUGUUAGGUUUAUGAGCAUUACCCGCACUGCCACCCCGAGCAGAGUUCGUGUUCGGCAAAGCGGCUCCCACAUCCCAUCGCCUCCUUUGAGCCCCAAAGCAGAAGGAGAAGGUGCUGGAGGAGGAGGAGGAGGAGGAGGAGGAGAGGAGGCAGGAGAGAGCGGGCUCAGUGAGCAGCAGCAGCAGGUGAUGCAGCAGGAGGAGCGGAUACUAACGGAGCAGAUCGAGAGCCUACAGAAGGAGAAGGAGGAGCUGACGUACGAGAUGUUGGUCUUAGAGCCUCGAGCAUCUGAUGAUGAAACUCCUGAAUCGGAGGCCUCCAUCGGCACAGCAGACAGCUCUGAAAACAUCACCAUGGACACGGAAGGAGCCACCCCCUCUGAACGUGUGACGUACCAAUCGAGAAAGUCUGAGUCGAAGUCCAGACGAACUCUCCGUCGUCAGCCAGACUCUCAGGACUCUGUCGACUCCACCUCCACCAUCUCAUCCUCCUAUCACCCCUCCUCCUCCGUUUCCUCCAAUGCUUCUGGUUCCCCAUCUCCUCACUACCGUUUUCGCUCGUCCUCCUCUGGGCCCCUGCUCACAUCUUGCAGCUUGGGGGCCCCGUUGGCCGAACCAGAAGAAGGCCAAAGGACCGGAAAGACUCGCCUCAGGCUCAGGCUGAGCCGCAGCUCGCCGCGGGACUCCUCGGGAGCCCAUCGGAGAGAUUCGGACUUCGGCUCGGGGCCACAGCAGCUGGUUCUGUACAAUCAAAAUGAGUUCAUGGUGUGAUUACCGCAGGGAGAGGAAGACCAGCUGCCGCCGGCUUUUGACGGGAAAAAAGAAGGAGACUGCAGGUCAGAAAGCAGCUCCUCCUCUGUGCCCAACCCCGGCAUCUUUGACCCAACCAAAGCAGAAGGAUUUGGUAUUGAGCAGAUUUUCAAGGAAACGGCGGGCUGAUGGUUUCUGUGAACAGCAGACAGCUGGACCGAGAAGAACCGAGGAGAUCUCAGUACGUUUUUAGCCCCUGCAGGUGUACCAGGGGUCAUUUAAAGGACCAGUGAGACUGGAAGGCAGAUGUGGGGGUUGGAUAAGGAAGAAAAGAAGGAAAUCCUUCAAAGCCAAAUCAAUGCUCCAUCUUUAUUUUUGCAGCAGGUGGGUCGUGCCACCAGGAACAAAUGUAGCCAUAGUGACUGAACUGGUGAACAUGCUGUCAGGAAGCAGCGUCAAUCUAAGUGUGCAUUAUGUCAUGUUUACACAGGAAGCAGCGGCCAAGAGGCUGCAUGCUUUCCAUCACACCUGGCUCGCAUCAGUUACGACAGACUGUCAAAGCUGUGUUAAUACUAUUAUUAUUAUUAUUAAUAUUAUUGUUUCAGAUAAAUAGAGAGUCCGGUGCUGCUCCUGGGAUGGUCGUGUGGAUCUGUGACCUGUUUCUGUAAAUUGAAGUGUAAGAAAUUCAGGUCGACUUUCUUUAUGGCCGGUUUUCCGUCUGGCUCCGGGGCCGGUUUGAGGGGCCGCGGUUUGACUCGUCACAUGUCCCCAGAGCUCGCCCCGGGCGUCCGUUGGCCGGCCGGCUGGGAGCGCUUUGUGCUCUGCCUUUUUUUCUGCACAGGUUUAGUUCAGAAACAUCAGUGUUACUUGGUCAGGACUUGAAUCUUUGGUUUGUUUUUUAUUGUGAGAUAUUCCUGUAUCAUAGGUGUUAAUUGAUUGAUAUCAAAGAUGUCAUGUUUUUUUUUUUUUCUUAAUUAUUGGAUUGUUUUGAUGAAAGCCAUUUUUUUCUCUUCCUAUGACUUCACUUCUGUGCAUAUGUAGCCUCUCUUACUCACUCCUUUAUACACUUGGCUUUCUCUGCUCCUUUAAGGGUGAAAACUGUGCCGGUUACACUAUGAACGGUGGUAGUGGGAUAAGGGGGGGGUGGAUUCUAUUGCCUUGCACUUAUCAGACCAUUUUAACCGUCCAACAUCGCUGAGCCACAAAAUGCUCUGCUCCUCCUCUUCCUGCUCUCUCUCUUCUUGACCGUAGCUCCCCUGCGCUCCUCUCUCCGGGUUCUUGCUGUGAAAAGUAGCAUUUAAUCUGCCUGUUGACCAAAACAAGUAGCAACUAACCCACACACUCAGUCCGUGUGCGUCCUCUUACUGUCCUACUCUGUCCAUAACAAGUGUGCGUGAUGUUGACUCUGGACUUUGGAGCAAGCUUUGCUCUGGCUUCACUACACCAUCAGUGUUAAAUCAGCUCCUCUUUACAGCUGUCAAUCAGUGCCUUGCACCAGUCUUCACACCAUUUGAUCUUUUGCAAGUUUUGCCAGCAUACAACCACUCAUUCAGUGCAAGUUGUCAGGAUCUUACAUUAUAGAGAAGCACUAAGUUGUGCAUAGAUUGUGGAGGGGAAGAAAAAGGAGGCUUGGUUUUGAACUAGGAGGAUGAACUACUUCUGAGUCUUUUAUGGGCUCUCUGCAUCAUCAAUGACUAUCUGGAUGGUUUAGGAUGAUGCAAAAGCUUAGAUCCCCCCUCCUCUUUUACACCUCAUUUGUAAGCAGCACUUUUAAGGCUGUCUUUGUGCACUUUAAAAAAAAAAAAACAGAAAAAAGAAAUUGCAUUUAGGAACCAACCAAACAGUAACAGAUUAUUGCACCUGAGCAGCUGCAGCUCCUCCAAAGUUAACACAUGAGCAAAAUUGCUGCACAAGAUAGGUAUUGGACUUAAAGUCUUUGUGGGAAAUGUUCAGAACCAUGUGCCCCUUCGUUUCACCUGUUUAUGAUGUAAAACUCUGUUGAUUCAUGGCAGCAGAUUCAAAUACAUUAAAGUUUGUGGUUGGAAUGCUGGAAAACUGGAAAAAUUGUGAACGCUUCAGCAAGGCACUGUACAUGCGUGUUUGUUUCCUUCCUCAUAUAUGUUAUAAACUACAUUAACCAUAAGGAUGAUAAUAAUAUUUAAAAAGGUGCAUCUGCUUCUGGAAGUGAGCUGAAAGAACAAAACUGCUCCUUGGUCAGUUAUCCUCACAGUUAUAUUUGUGGUGUGUUUCCAUAUGACAUUCUGAAAAAAGAAAAAUAAGGAAAAAGUAUUUAAAAAAGAAAAAAAGAGUAAAAGGUGAAUGUAACUGUCACUGGAAGGCAUGCCUCGCUUUCAGUCGUUGUUUUUCUUCUGUUUAUACAGUGUAUGUACUAUUUAUGAUCAUGACUUUUAGAUGUACAGUAGGUGAAAAAGAACCUGUUAUAAUAAAAGGAUAUAUUAUCCUUAUUACCGAUUUAUUCAUCACGGCAACUUCCCCCCCUACAGGCCAUGCAUGGUUCUGUUUUAUUUGUUUGUCGCAGGGAAACGGUGAAAGAAAGAAGUGCAAAAAUAGUGGACUUAGUUAAGUAUGUAUAAGGUGCAAUUUGUGUUAUUCUUUUUUUAAUUAUCUAAAACAUCUCUACGGUUGUAAGGGGGAAAAAAAAACUUUAUGGGGAGAAAUUUUCAUCUGCUUAUUAUAUUAAAAAUACAAAUGCAGCCAAUGAAAAGUGAGAUG